UUUCCUUUAACAACGCGGUUUCUCUACCCCUUCACCGCCCUAUUUAGUCUCCCCUUAUCUUCUCUCUUACUCCCUCCCAUCUUUCUUCUGAGUCAACUUUAUUCAGCUUCACAAAAUGCUUUGAGAUAUCACCUUGUUAUUUUUGCUUUCAAAGCAUGGCUUCAUCUGAGAGUUUUGAACCUUUCUUCUUUAGACCUUCCUUUACUGACUCAUGGAUUUCUGAAGCUUAUGCUCGUGAUAACGAGACGCUAACUAAAGCCCUCAAGAAAUCAUUUUCUAAUAAUAUUAACUCUUCUUCUUCCUUCUCCAUAUCUGAAACCCUUUCUUCCGAUUCCAUAUUCAACCUCGUUUCCAGUUCCCAAACACCACCGCCGCCUACUCCUACCGCCUCUAACGUUUCUGGCUCUGACCCUGAAACGCCAGCUCCCAAGCGCUACCGAAACGGGAUCGGUAUCCCAGGUGCUACCGCAAAAGUUUCGAAACGUAAGUCUCGUUCGUCUAGGCGCUCUCAGACUACGUUCAUAACAGCGGAUCCGGCCAACUUUAGGCAGAUGGUGCAACAGGUGACCGGUGUUAGAUUCGGUAACGCUCAGUUUUCCGCCGUACCAGUGCUGAAGCCGGAGCCACAGAGACCUGGUAGCCGGUUGCAUGGCCCUGGAGGGUGUUUGCCGACCCUAGAUACGUCGGCGUUUUUGCUGGAUCACCAUCAUCAACAGCAAAUGGUUGUUGGCUCGGGCGUGAUUUCCGGGCCUGUUAGUGGGUCGGGGACAGUUUCUUUUCCACAAGCCGCGGUAACUGAUGGAGGGCCUGGUCCUGGGCUAGACUAUGAGACUUGUUCUAGCUUUCCAACACUGGAUUCGUGGAAUUAGCACUUUUUUUUUUAUUUUUUGAUAUUUGAAAUUUUAUUAUGGAGGCCUGUAGUUAUGCGGUGGAGAAUGAUUGUAUAUUUUAGUGGGGUGGCCUGUAUGGUUUAGUUGUUUUCUUGUCCAUUAAGUAUUUACAUAAUUUAGUUAGUUACUUUUUAUUGUCUA